AUGAUUAAUUCAGUUGACGCCAAUGCGCUACAGCUCUCAAGAAGCGCAAGCAAUAUUUUGGACUUGGAAGCCCGUGCAGGGAGCCAGAGAGUCUACAUCAGUCGAAGCGAGUACAGUGAGGCCCUUACAAAGGCAUUCUACAACCCACAACUGCUCCGCACCGCCAAUGACUUCCUCGUCUCCAAUUAUGAGUAUCUCAUUGAAGUUGAUGAUACCCUCUGGGCUGAACCAAAAAGAGCUUUAUACGUGAAAAAGUUUUUCUAUCCCCACGCUGCGGCCGUGUGGUUUGGCGUAGCGUUCUUCCUCUCCACAGCCAUAGGAUUAAUUGCGGGCGUGUUUGGUCAUGAUCCAGGGCUUGGACUUGCUGCUGGAACUGGUUCGUUGGCUAUUCUCGGUGCUAUGCAGGUGGUUCUACUUUGGCAGGCUCGCUCGACUGGCAUCUAA